UAUUCCCAUUUGAAACCAACACAAGCAUGCGCGUAUUUAGAACACUCACCAUUGAUUUUCUCAUUCUGACAAUUUACUUCCCUGCUUUCAGAGACAUGCUAGAUCGAUAACGACGGAUUAAACUAACAAGAUGGAUGAUUGCAACCUGGUUUUAGCGGUCGGGCUAUCAUUUCUUUUCUACGUCGUCGGAUUCGUCUCGUCUUCGUUACUGCUACUAUUCGUACCAAAACUGUACAGGAAACUGGCAGGCGUUGUGAAGAAAUGUCGACGAUCUUGCACGGCCCAAAGUACUCACGUACCUACACAGCCGGUCGUACGGAGUAGCAACUACACAGAAAUUGAUGACUCAAAAACAAAAACGUUUACCAACGCGAGCUACCCGAUUAAAGCAGUGAAGAACCAAGCACCUCCUAAAGAACAAGGCCGGAAGUUAGCUUAUUACAACUUGGCUCCCGGCGAAACUAAUGCAAACAACUACGAAGAUCUUGAAACGAAGAAACCCGCGUCUUUCCAUGAACCGGAAGAAAACAAGCACGUGUACCGCAUCGUUGAGCCGGGCUCUAGCAAGAAUCUCGAGGUGAAGCUGGUAUCUGGACCGGAAGAGGCGAUCAGCGCGGAUCCCAGUCACGUUUACUUCAUUCUUGAGCCGGGGACCAAUAAGGUCAAGCCGGUUCAUAUGGGAACCGACCCAUCGGAAUCUAUGAAGCCUGACCACGUUUAUUUCGUUCUUGAGCCCAACUCGGCGGCGAAUUCCGGACCGGAAGCGGAACCGUACGCCGUAAACGACCUUCACGCCGACCACGCAUACUUUAUACUGGAGAAACAGCCGGCCAGUAAAUAACAGGAACGUGUCUAGGGUAGGAAGCCGCGUACGCUCGCUUUCGCUGAUCAUGAGAUGCAAUAUUUAAAUAUGAAUCCUAAUUCUUAUAUGUCGAGGGCGGCUGAACGUGAAAUUGUUGAAAUCUGCUUUACGUUUGUAUUGUAUGCUAUGCUAAAACACAUUAUGUAAACAUAUGUAAAUAUGCGUUGGGUGGUACGCCUAGUAUACAUAUGAGACUGAAGUUAAAGUCAUGUUCAAUCAUCGCUCUGAAAGAAAAAACGAAUCUCAUUGUGAAAGUACGAAUACUACGUUUCUUUUCUUCUCAAAUCGCAGCAAUAUUUUUUCACAUUCACAGAAGAUGUGUUCACACAAAAAUUUUAAUACGAAAAUAACCGUGCGCAAACUAUAAUUAUUAUGUGAAAGAAGCUUACGCAUUCACGCGUUCUAACCCCUACACUUACCCUUAGUCGCGUUCUGAGAAAACUGGGUUUAAUGCAUGUGCGUAAAGUGUCGUGCCGGAUUAGCCUGUGCAGUCCGCACAGGCUAAUCAGGGACGACACUUUCCGCCUGUACUGGAUUUUUGUGUAGAAGAGACUUCCUUUUAACGAAAAAUACCAUAAAAGCGGAAAGUGUCGUCCCUGAUUAGCCUGUGCGGACUGCACAGGCUAAUCUGGUACGACACUUUACGCACAUGCAAUAAACCCAGUUUUCACAGAACGCGUCUCACCCUCGAUCUUGGAUAAGACGUAGUCCCCCGGCAAUGGAAUACAUGAUACAUGCUCUCGGGAAGGAACUGGCCUACUAUGGUGUCCAUACCUUUUCGGCAGUGCGUUCGCCUACGUAUUGGGAGGUCUUGCGUUCGAGUCCAGAGUCACGCACGGAGGAGCUUGUUUUGAUAAGGCCGCAUGCCCACCAAGCAGACAUGUGUGGUACCGAUUGCUUUCCUGUCGAACUCCGGGAAUAUGAGAAGUGUAUCAGAAGCAAAUAUGAGUCGUGUUCUGAGAAAACUGGACAUCAUGCAUGUGCGUAAAGUGUCGUCCCAGAUUAGCAUGUGCAGUGAGCACAGGCUAAUCAGGGACGACACUUUCCACUUUUAUGACAUUUUUCGUUUAAAUGAUGUCUCUUCUUAGCAAAAAUCCAAUUUAGGCGGAAAGUGUCGUCCCUGAUUAGCCUGUGCGGACUGCACAGGCUAAUCUGGGACGACACUUUACGCACAUGCAUUAUGCCCAGUUUUCUCAGAACGCUUCUCAUAUGUUCGUCAGUAAAUAUAUCUUAUAAUCGCAACAACAACUGUCUGGACUUAAAUCGCGCGUGGUGUCAUCAUAAUAAAACAAAUACUUUGUUUUGAAUAAAUUUACAUUUUUAUAGAAAUUGUAUAAUAUGAUUGUUUUUCAUCUUAUAUAUGUUUGUACAUAGAAAAUACAAUUUAAGAACGUUUGUAAACUAUAAUUUAGUGUUUUGUAAGUUCAUAUUUGUGUUUUUACUUUGACUGCGAAAGGUUUUAUGAUUGCUGCAAACUUAUUAGAGAGCACUGCAAAUGGCGACGAAUGUCAAAACAUUGUUUGACAGUGUUUUGUGUUUAUAAUUUUAUACAUUUAAAUGAUAUUGUGCAAUACAUUUUAUUUCAGA